AUGUCCGUAACUUUUAAGGACGAUGUUCAUCGGAUUCUGAAGUUUGUUGCUAAUUGCAAUGGCAGGUUUGAAGAUUCCAAAUGUGAUAUAAGAGAAUCGCCUCUCGGUGGAUUGGGUGUCUUUGCAAAGACUGAUAUUGCAGAAGGUGAGUCAAUAUUGACGUUGAACAAAUCCUCGAUUUUUUCUGCAUCUAACAGCUCCAUUGCCAAUUUGUUAUGUGACAGUAGCAUCGAUGGAAUGUUAGCUCUAAACAUCGCAUUCAUUUACGAAACUACAGUUUUCAGAAAUUCUAGUCAUUGGUACCCAUUUCUGCGAACUAUCCGAAUUCGUGAUGACGAAGGGCACUUAAACCUGCCGCCAAGCUUUUGGCAUGCGGAUGCUAAGCGACUUUUAAAAGGAACCAGUUUCGAUACCUUAUUCGAUUCGUUGGCACCAGAAGAAGAAAUCAUGGAAGGAUUUGAAAUUGCUGUGGAUUUGGCACACAAAUGGAACGACGAGUUUGGGUUGGAAAUUCCAAAAGGCUUCCUAGACGUUAGUGAGGAGAAUCAUGAAGAAGAUUACAAUUUGAAAUUAGAAAAGUUUAUAUCGGUGGCAUAUACUUUAUCAUCAAGAGGAUUUGAAAUUGACGCGUACCAUGAGACAGCUUUGGUGCCCAUCGCAGACCUGUUCAAUCAUCAUGUUUCCGACCCGGAUUUAAAGUUUGUAUCGCUAUAUGAUGUGUGCGAUAAAUGUGGUGAACCAGACAUGUGUAAACAUCUCAUAGCAGAGGAAUACUUGGAAGCAGAAAAUCUAGACAAAAAUAUGCCCAAAGUCGCAAGUAUGGAGACUCGUGUCAUCGAUGAAGACUUAAUCAAAAGUUUAGAAAAUGAUUUAGAGAAAGAAUACUCUAAUGUUACGGCAAACAUCGAGGAUGAUGAUGGCGGUAUUGAAAACCCUGACGAAUGUGUCGAUUUAGUGUUAAAGAAUGACGUCGCACAAGGCCAAGAAAUAUUUAAUUCCUAUGGUGAGCUCUCAAACGUCUUUUUGUUGGCCAGAUAUGGUUUCACCGUACCUGAGAAUCAGUAUGAUAUUGUUCAUUUAGGACCUGAUUUUAUGAAAAUCUUAAAGAAAGAAGAAAAAUAUCAAGAAAAAGUCAAGUGGUGGAGCCAAGUCGGUCAUGGCUUGUUUUCAGCAUGGUAUGCUCAAAUGCGCCAAGAAGAUGAAGAAGACGAAGACGGUCAAGCAAAAUCAGACAAUCUGUCUGACGAUAUAGAGAGCGAAGAGGAAGAGGAAGAGGAAGAGGGUGAUGAUAGCUUGGAAUCAUGGCUUUCCCAGCUUUACAUAGACUCAAGUGGCGAGCCUUCACCCUCAACGUGGGCCUUAGCUAACCUUUUGACUUUAACGGCCGUUCAAUGGGAAUCAUUGUUUUCCAAAAAGGCCACUCCUCACAUCAGUGAUUCUAUAGUUAACGAAGAAAAGCUGCCCUUCCUGGCCAAAAAAGACAAUCCCCAUUCCAAGAAACUGCUUUCCAACUUACUUAAGGAAAAGCAACUACCUUGCAUAAAAGGCGACAACUCGUCAAAGAUAACAAGUGCUACUAAAAGCAUGCUCCAAAAUGCUCGAACACUUGUACAAUCGGAGCAUAAUAUCUUAGAUAGAUGUCUCAAGAGACUAUCCUAA